CCGCCACUGAAUCCAAAAAACCAUAUCCAUCUCUUCUCUCCUCUCCUCUGAUAUUCUUCAGUGAAUCUGUCGAAUCAAUCAUGGGGCUCCCAACAAUUCUGUUUCUGGCUGUCAUCUCGCUUUCUUUCCUCGCCUUGAAUUGCUAUGCCAACGGAACCUUCUCUGCACUGCAAAAUUCUCUUCUUGUCACGUCAUCACCAAAAGCCGGACAAGUCUUAAAAGCCGGGGAGAAAAACAUCACGGUGACAUGGUCUUUUAACAAAACCUUCCCAGCUGGAACAGAUUCGGCAUACAAGACUGUCAAGGUAAAGCUCUGUUACGCUCCCAUCAGUCAAGAAAAUCGUCCUUGGCGCAAAACAAAAGAUGAGCUCAACAAGGACAGAACCUGCCAACACAAGAUUGUAUCGAGGCCUUACAGUCCCUCAACGAAUACCUUCACUUGGACUAUAGAAAGGGACAUCCCCUCAGCAACAUACUUUGUGAGGGCUUAUGUUUUCGACACAAAGGAUAAAGAAGUUGCCUAUGGCCAGGCCACUGAUGCUGCCAAGAAAACUAAUUUGUUUGAGGUAGAGGCCAUCACAGGUCGCCAUGCGUCGCUUGAUAUUGCAUCCGUGUGCUUCUCUGUUUUCGCUGUUGUGUCGUUGGCUGGUUUCUUCUACUUGGAGAAGAGGAAGGGUAAAACUUCCAAGUAAAAGUGAGGGGAUGAUGUUUCAAACAGUAUUAAUUGUUGUUUGUUCUUUUACAUGUGUGUCAUGUUAUGCUCCUCGGUCCUAUGUUAAAUAAGCAAUAAACAAAUCUUUUGUAAGUGGAUAGGGGAUAGAUGAGUGGAUAAGGCCACCUGAGAGUUCUAUAGUUUCUGUUUGGUUGUUUGGUAUGUUACAUACUGAAGAAAGAGUGUUAAAUUAUGGGUAUUCUGAGAGUUCUGAA